GGGGUCGCAGGGCCGGGCGGGGCCGCGGCGCGGCGCGGGGAGCUAUCCCCAGCCGACGCCUCCCGCUGCGGCCCCAUGCUGCUGCCCUUGGCCUGCCUGCACGGCCGCGUCGCGCAGUGCCUCACAGCCCUUCUUGUGCUUGCAGAGCCGCCCCCGAAGCCCCGGCGCGGCGCCAGGGUUUGCGGCGCGGCACCGCUUUGCGCCGAGGCCGCCCCAGCCGCCCUGCCCGCGAAGAUGGCCGCGGACCUCUACCCGCCCGCCCGCGCCGCGGCUGCCACAGAUAUCGCCAACAGCAAUGCCGCAGCCGCGGGCAGCAAGGCCAGCCCGCGCAGCCCGCCCCGCGCCCCGGCCCCCGCGCCGCCGCCACCCGCGCCCGUGCCGCCCACGCCCUGCAACAACAACGCGGAGAGCCCCAACUGGCAGUCCUGCCACCCCACCCUGCGCGAGAGGAACGCGCUGAUGUUCAACAGCGAGCUCAUGGCUGACGUCCACUUCGUCGUGGGGCCCCUGGGCGCGACCAGGAGGGUACCUGCCCACAAGUAUGUCUUGGCUGUGGGCAGCUCUGUCUUCUAUGCCAUGUUUUAUGGCGACCUUGCAGAAGUCAAGUCAGAAAUUCAUAUACCGGAUGUGGAGCCCACCGCUUUUUUGAUCUUGCUAAAGUACAUGUACAGUGAUGAGAUUGAACUUGAAGCUGACACUGUGCUGGCCACUCUCUAUGCUGCUAAGAAGUACAUUGUCCCUGCGUUGGCAAAAGCCUGUGUCAACUUUCUGGAGACAAGUCUGGAAGCCAAAAAUGCUUGCGUCCUGCUGUCUCAGAGCCGGCUGUUUGAGGAACCUGAGCUGACCCAGCGUUGCUGGGAGGUCAUCGAUGCACAGGCAGAGAUGGCCCUGCGGUCUGAAGGCUUCUGUGAAAUCGAUCGGCAAACACUGGAGAUCAUCCUGACCAGGGAGGCCCUCAACACCAAGGAGGCAGUGGUUUUUGAGGCAGUCCUACACUGGGCUGAGGCAGAAUGCAAGAGGCAGGGCCUGCCGGUCACCCCACGCAACAAAAGGCAUGUGUUGGGGCGAGCCCUCUAUCUGGUCCGAAUUCCAACCAUGACCCUGGAGGAGUUUGCCAAUGGUGCUGCCCAGUCAGACAUCCUGACCCUUGAGGAGACUCAUCAUAUCUUCCUGUGGUACACAGCUGCCAAUAAGCCACGCCUGGACUUCCCGCUGACCAAGAGAAAGGGCCUCGCCCCACAGAGAUGCCACCGCUUCCAAUCUUCUGCCUACCGCAGCAACCAGUGGCGGUACCGUGGGCGCUGUGACAGCAUCCAGUUUGCCGUGGACAGAAGGGUAUUUAUUGCAGGGCUUGGCCUGUAUGGGUCCAGCUCUGGAAAGGCCGAGUACAGUGUAAAGAUUGAACUCAAGCGGCUGGGGCUAGUCCUGGCUCAGAACUUGACUAAGUUUGUAUCAGACGGAUCCAGUAACACCUUCUCAGUCUGGUUUGAACACCCAGUCCAGGUUGAACAAGACAGCUUCUACACGGCCAGUGCUGUCCUGGAUGGCAGCGAGCUCAGCUACUUUGGGCAGGAGGGGAUGACAGAAGUGCAGUGCGGGAAGGUGACCUUCCAGUUCCAAUGCUCCUCAGACAGCACCAACGGGACAGGGGUCCAGGGUGGGCAGAUCCCUGAGCUAAUCUUCUACGCCUGACACACUGCAGUGGAAAGGCUAUGAUGCCACUGGCCCUCUGCAGUAGCCAGACCUGAGUACAUGGAGGGAGGUGGAGGCUGCCUCACAGCCGUGGAAAACCCCACUUAGUAUCUCUGGGUCAGCUAUAGCCUAAUGGUAUAAAAUAGACCCCUUUUCUACCCAGCCAGAGCCUAGCAUCUGAAUCUCAGGCAUCGGGCAGAUUUAGGUAUAAGACAGGCCCCAAGUCCCCUCCCAGAGGCACUCACACUGCCUCCAUCCAGGGGCUGGAUGUUCCUCCCACCUUCUUGGGUUUUAAGGGAUUCCAAGCUUAAUAUGAUACUUUGCUUUCAAAUCUAAAAUUAGUGAAAAAUUCCUUAAAAUAGUUCAUCUAUUUAAGUAGAUUUUCAUAAUAAAGGUUGCAUAAAAUGGUA